AACGGCGCGACAGGAAACGUGGUGGUCCGCCCUCUCUAGCUUGUAGCACGUUGGAACUAGUGCUGCUGCUGCUGCUGCCUGUCACUGGUGGUCUGCCCUGUCCAGCUAUCUUUAUUGUGUUCGUGUCGCAUGUUUCCGUUCCAGGUGUAACUUCUCCGCAUCUGGCUGCUUUUGCACCAGGACGGUGACACGUCCAGCUUUGACCGCAAGAAUAAAUGUGCCUGAGAGUCUGACAAUGGCUUCCUCGGGCUCCACCUUUUCUGCCUCGAUUGCUGCCAGUGUGCCCGAGGGUUUCCAUUAUGAAACCAAGUACAUUGUGCUCCGCUACCUGGGAAUGCUGCCUUCCAGCAGGUCUCAGACGCUAAGUACAUGUCAAGGAGGUGACCAGAACGAGAGGGAGAGAACUAAUAGGAUCAAAAGGCAGAUAGAGGAAGAACUGAGACAGCUGGAAGAUGAAAUCUCAGCCUCUGCAUCCGCCACAGGUGUCAGCUACCACGCAUCGCUGGUAUUCAGCCCAGCCAACCCCGACUCCUCUAUAGAAGACUGCCUUGCUGCCGUGGGAGACCGGCUGGCCGGGGAGCUGGACGCACACCUGACAACGGCAGCGCACGCGCUCCUCGCAGGGCCUCUAGACUACCAGACAUUCAGAGACGCAGCCCUGGCUCUGUCAGCACACACACAGGGAGGCUGGAACAAGGUGUUAGUGCCUUUUCUGCUGCUCCAGGCUUUACAGCGUGAGGGGCAACCCAUCACAACACUGCUGCAAAUGGGGGUACGCAUACUAGAGGAGGAGGAAUCCACGUACAUCAUGGAGCAGGGGGGAUGGAGGGAAGUGUUCACGCUGGUGUCUGAGGAGGAGCGAGGUGAGGCCAUCGCUGAAGACAGCAACGACAUUUACAUCCUGUCAGGAGAGCCACAUCCAGAGCCUCUGAGCCCUCCGUCGUCGCUGCUGUGUACUGGGGACACAAGCAGCGAGCACAGUUCCUGGCAGACGGAAAGCUUGCCUGUGUCUCUGGCCGGCCACGAGUCCUGGGCACAGGUCGGUGCCAUGGACCCCGAAGACGUCAAGAGCCUGGACAGCAACGACGGCGUGGCCCUGGCCGAGGAGCGCAGCGAGAACAACUCCUCGAACUCGGACAUCGUCCACGUGGAGCGUGAGGAGGCGGAGCUGCUGGACGAAGGCGGCGAGGUCGCGGCGAUAGAUGAGAGCAUGAUGAGCGUGCUGGGCACAGAGAGCGAGCUGGCCGAGCUCAGGAAAGAAUUCAGGGACCAGACUCCGCCUAUUCCAGCGUCUGCCGAGGUGGACUCGGCGGAGCCGACCUCCUUGAUCUCAUUAGAGGAGCCGGUUGUAAUAGAGACGCCCGGCAGCUUGUCAGCGGAGCCCUCCCUCGUGUCCUUGGAACCAGAGCUGCCUCCUUUGGCCCCGGAAGCUGCUGCCUCACCUCCCGCUGAGCCAGAAUCUGCAGCACCUUCAGCGGCUCCUGCAGUGGAACUAGAGCCUGAGCCAGAACUACUUGCUGCCACUUUCCCAGUGCCUCCUGAGGUGUCACCUCCAUCUCUGGCCAACGACACCCCGACGCCACCAGCAGAGCCUGAGUCCACCUCAGAACCUGAGCCCGAACCAGAACGAGACACAGGGCCUGUCCAGACAGAACCAGAGACUGCUGCUGAGCCACCUCAGGACCCGCUGGAUGCACCCGUGGUCUCGACGGCCGCAGGGGCUCCGGUAGAAGCUCCACUUGAGAAGCCUCCAGUGCCGCGGGAGCCGCCAUCACCUCUGCUGUAUGGAGCAGCUGUUCUGGUGGCUCUGGCUGCUUUCAUGGUACUAAGAUACAUGAGGAAAUAGUGAAGUAUCUUACUCAGGGGAGCAGAAUGCUAACUAUAAAAUGUUAUGGUAGAAAUAAAUGUAUUAGGAUGCACACAGUGACUCUCCUUAGAAUUAUAUUGGAAAUAUCAAAUAGGGUUUUAUUUUUUUAAUCUGUGAAAAUGCCCCUGGGCAAACCAAAACCUUACCUCAUCCAGAAUCGCUUGCGCUGGGAGACCUGACUGCUUCACUCCACUAGGUACUAACAGAAAUAAGAAAGAGUUCACUCCACAUCCUUCACUUCCAGGUUUUCCUGUUUCCUCCUUUCUUUUAAGUUUGUGUGCAACAUAUUUUAUCUAUUAAUUUGGAAAGAAUGUGGACAUUGAUUUUUCUCCUGCUAGUUUUUGUUUGAUAUUGAAAUGCAAUCAGAUAUAAGUUUUUAUGUGUCGGUCUGAAAAGCACAGCUGAUACAGGUUUAUUAUACAUCUUUCACAGUUUAAUGCUGAGAAGGAUUGACAUUCAUUUUUAAUGCAAAGCAGGUGCACUGCACACUAGUCCUGGGUUAUUAUAUUGCACCAAUAAAAUGCUAAUCUGAAUAUACUGAGUACAGUUCGACACAAAUUCACAUUUAUAAAUUCUCGUUGCAGUGAGUUUGCAACUUGUACCAAAUAUUAUGAAUUGGCCACGAGGGCCCUUGUUUUACAGCAUUUUGUCUACAUUCAUUUACGAGGAAAACGUAAACCACAGAUAAAGCCAAUGUGUGUAGUUCUACCCCAGAGAAGGAGAGUAAUGUGACUGCACAGUUUGUCUUCAAUGAAAAUGUAUUGUUACUCGACUUUCCCUGCCAAAAGACUAAUAAAAAUAUUUUUCCUGGGG